AAAUAAAGAGAAAAGGAUUAAAUAUGCGAUAUAAGAAACACCAUAAAGACAGUGAGAGCACUGAAGAAGAAUCUCCAACAAAGAAACCUAAGGUUACAGUGAACAAAUUAGUGAAACCAAAGGUAGAGAAAGAUGUCAAGGUUAAAAGACCAAGAAAAAAGAAAGUUACAAGGACAACAUUGAAAGCUGAAUUUAUUGAAGAACCAGAUAUAAAUGGAUCAUUAAAGAUAAAGGAAGAAAUCUCGAUAGAGUAUCAACCUGUGAUGUCUGAAGUCAAACAGGAACCAUCUAAGAGUAACUUUGACAGUUCUACAUCACAAUCUGAUGCCUCAGAAAUUCUUACAAAUCAUCUGGUUGAAAAACUAAGUAGAGUUAAAGCCAAGUUAGAAGGUGAAAAGAAAAAAGGGAGACAACCUGUCAAACAAACAAAAAAGAGCAUUUCUAAACUAAUGAGAAGGAGAUAG